UGUCCGGUGACAUGUUACAAUUAGUAUUUAUCUCACAGCGAGAGUGUUUUAUAAAGUGGCUGGUUCAGGGCGUAAAGGUAUAGUGUGGCAAAAUAAAUAAAUAAUAAUAAUAAUAAAAACACCACAAUAUGGCUCAGUACAGUUUCCAGGAGCAGCUCCUGUCCGUUAUGGAGGUCUUGGCUAAAGCAGCCACGGAGGAAAUUAACCGGCGCGUGGCCGACAGCUGUGCGAUGAUCCGCCUCGAGCUCUCGCGCAGCCAGAGAGACAUCGACAGCUUGAAAAGGAAAUGUCAGGUGAUGGAGAAUGAACUGAGGAAGGUACGCGGAAGAGGGAGGAGGAAAGUGUUCAUCUGCAGCUCGUCUGAGAAGUUACCUUUCCAGAGUGAGUGUGCCAGAGAGACUGGUGUAAAUGCAUGCAGAGUUGAACAGCCUGUUCCACCAACACGCGAGGAACCUGAAGCAUCAUCGCAGCACGUCCAUCAGACUAUCCAGAUACUGGAGGACAGAUCUGCUGCUUCAGCAACGGUGAUUAAAGAGGAGGGCAGUGAAAAUGACACAUGGAGAAGGGGAGAAGGACAGUUUCCUUAUGAGCAUCAUGGAAAUAAGCCACUCACCCCAGCGCAGGAGAUAAGUGAAGAACCAAACCGGUUUACUGAAGACAUAGAAAGACAGAGAGCGCACCUCACACACACUUGUUCUCCGAGUACGAGCAGUGAGGAGCAUCCAGGCAGUCUAAGACUUCAGGUGAAAGCUGAAAAGGAAGAAGAGGAAGAAAAAGAAGUAGCCGAGGUCAUUCUGGUGGAGGAGUCUGAGCAAAGGAAAGAAGAAACCAACCACCUUGGAUUUGCUUAUAACGACACCAGUAAUGAGGCAGAAGGAACAGAGAAAUCCUUCACAUCCACUCAGUUUUCAUGUGACCUUCCAGUCUUCUCUCAGCCUGUGGAGACGGCCAUAGAACAACCCGGAAAUGAUGUCAAAUCUAUACAGAGUGACAAGAUAGAUAUGUAUGGCGUAGGACAGAUCAGCGUCCACGAGCAACCGCAGCCAGCCUGGUGCAGAGACGAGGCAGAUCAUAUAGUACAAAGACAGAGGCAUGAAGGAUCAAUCACACACCAGGAGCACAGGACCAUAUCCAGACCUGGCAAUGCCGGAGUCAGAGCUGGCAUGGUUUCCCAGCCCGGGUCUAACAUACCCCAUCAGGCAUUUUUGGGACGUGGACGUGGCGGACUCAGACGUUUCCGCGCACAGUGGGUAACAAGCGUGGACGGAGAGCGACGUUUCAGGUGCUCAUUCUGCGAGAAGACGUUCGUGCGCUUUGGCCAGCUGAAAGAGCACGUGCGCAGCCACACUGGCGAGAGGCCGUACACAUGCAGCCAGUGUGGCCGCAGCUUCACCAAACAGGGCAAUCUGAUUAGGCACGCCGUGGUGCACAGCGGAGAGAAACCGUAUCAGUGCAGCCUGUGCGGGAAAUGCUUCACUCAGCGCUCCAGUCUGAAGUCCCAUCAGAAAACGCACACUCCAGACAGGGACACUGUCCUGCAAGGAUUAGCUGUGCGUCAGCUUGUUAGAGAGCAACAUGACAGUCUGACUGUGACACAAAACAGGGGUUAUGUGUAGAGUUGGCUUCAUUAUAACUCAGAUGGGCUUGUAUAGAUGAGCAGUUGCACAGAUACGACGGCGGAACUUCACAAUACCAAAAAUGGCGGCUUAAAGAAGCUCAUUGAUUGGGCAGUGCUUACAUUCCUUAGGAAAGUUUUCUUCUGUUCAGAAAACAUAAUGACAUAUCUUAAAACUCAUUUUUUUUAAACUGAUUUUAAGGAACAGUACUGUAUGUACUGUUUUUAGACACAUUGUUCAUACAAAUUAGGGUUUUAGUGAAAGUUUGGAAAGCAUGAAAGCUAAUUAAACAUAUAAAAAAAAACACUAGCUUGUUAAUGUAAUACGUCAAAGUCGUGUAGGUCAGAAUUUGUAAAUUGUGCCACAAUGCGGCAAUUUUGGCAUUCAGCUUUUGCCUUUUUUCAAACAGCAGACUCCUAUACAUUCCAAAUGCAUUAAUUAUUGUACCAGACUUGUUGCUAUGAGCUUGCAACCUGAAAGCAUGCUUAGUAGGGAUGGGAGUCUUUAGAGACCACCCGAUACAAUGUUAUCACGAUACCUAGGUGCCGAUCAAUGAUUUCUAACUUUUAAUCUAGACAGUGCCUGGCUAUAUUUCCGCCUGUACUACUCCUGCACCGGUGCUCCGUCUCAUGUCAAAUAAUAAUCUUUUAUGUUAUUAUGUGACACACCAAAGCAUAGUCAUGAAAUGAUCUCACUUUCUGUCAGACUCUGUGUAUUGUCUUUUGGUGCAAAAACAACCACAAAUGUUGUGAAACAUGUUUCUCAUUACGCUAUUACAGACAGUGAUUCAAAAAGUAUCUCAGGAUACGUGCAGACCUGCUCAUUCUGAGUGUCACAUGUGUUCCCCGUAUAUCAGUUGUGUUUGUCAUAAAUGUGUUACGAAAUAAUCCACGUAAGUGAACCCUUUUCAAUAAAUACAACAAUGAUUGUCCAACAGGGGGCGCU